CUGCCCCGAGGCCCUUCCCCCACCCCCCACUUGGGCUGGGGGCUCCACGCCCACGUUCCAGUCCCUCGUAGCAGGUGCGUUAGCAGCAGGGUGGAGCCGCGGGGCGGGGCCAGGCCCCGCCGGUGCCUUUGGCUUCGCUUGCUUUCCCUGGGAAGAGCCUGCUGCCUCAAUGCUGCUGCGCUGUGGCAGGUUUUGGGCCCCGUUGCGGUGCCUUGUGUGGAUAUGUCGACCUUCGCACAGGGGGGUGGUGCUGGUCAUGCAGCGCCCCCGGGCAGGAGCACGGGGAAGCAGAGGUGUUGUUCUGGGGGGAGAGGGGGCGUUCUCCUGGCUUGCAGCUGAGCCCAGCUGUGUGCGUGGGCGAGUUCAGGGCUCCCUGCCGUACGCAGACAUGCUCCCGCCCUGCGCGCCUCGAGCCGGGACCACCGGCUUCACAGCAUCUCUUGCUCCAAGGAGCUCCCUGGGUCUCUCCAGGGCUGCGCUUGGCAGCAGCAGAUGCAAAAGGCCCAGUCAAGGUCUGCAAACGCAGCGAAGCCUUUGCACCGAAGGACGGCAUCUCGCCUGCUGUAACUGCGGGGCUGGAGGUGGGCGGGUUCCCGGGGCAGGCGUCUCUUGGACUGUCCGUCUCCCUCUGUGCCCUGUCGCUCUGCCUCAGAGCGAGGGCACUUCCUGCCCAUGCGUUUCGGAGCCGGAGCUCCCUGCCGUCGGUGUUUGUAACGCUAAAGCGAGCCAGGGACUUGUAGGAGAGCCGGGUGUUUCGUAAGCCGCUGAGGCGAUGGCAGGAGCUAUAUUUAGAAAGUUGCGUAACCUGCCCGUGUUGCAUUUACCUACCGGGCAAGUGUUUUUAUUCUGCCUCCAAACGCUGAUGUCAAAUCAUCCCCAGAUGGAAGCUUCCUCCUCGCUGCAACUGGGCUGCAUCCACCCCUGCCAGCACGAGAUGCUUCUCUCCUUCCCUUACCGGGGCUUGUUUGUGCCGGCAGGGCUGAGGUGGGCCAGUGCGUCGCUGGGAAGUGCAGCGGUGGGGGAGGAAAUCCCUCUGCACUGGGCAUGUCGAGGGACCCGGUCCUCUGGAACCAGGGGGAAUGAGAUGGGAAUGGUCUCCCCAGUGAAAGCAGCACAGAUCGUCCUGUCUGACCUGACCGGCCCGUGGGUGCAGAUCUCAGUCCCAGAAGCAUGGCCAUGUAGUCUGGAAGAGGAGGAGGGAGGGGAAAGAUGGGCCACGGGGGGCGCCUUGCUGAAGAGAGCAGACUGAGCCUGAGGCCGUGCCGUUCAGGGAGGAAUUCUGCUGCAGAAGGGUUGUGGCACCGGUGACGAGCGAUGGGGUAUGAUGUUGCACGCUUCCAGGGGGACGUUGAUGAAGACCUCAUAUGCCCCAUCUGCAGCGGGGUCCUGGAGGAGCCGGUGCAGGCCCCGCACUGCGAACACGCCUUCUGCAACGCCUGCAUCACGCAGUGGUUCUCACAGCAGCAGACGUGCCCCGUGGAUCGGAGUGUGGUAACAGUUGCCCAUCUGCGCCCCGUGCCGCGCAUCAUGCGCAACAUGCUGUCCAAGCUGCAGAUUGCCUGUGACAACGCUGAGUUCGGCUGCACAGCCGUCGUGCGCCUCGACACCCUGGCGGCCCACCUGGGUGACUGCCAGCACAACCCCAAGCGCCCCGUCACCUGUGAGCAGGGCUGCGGGCUGGAGAUGCCCAAGGAUGAGCUGCCCAACCACAACUGCAUCCGACACUUGCGCUCGGUGGUGCAGCAGCAGCAGGGCCGCAUCGCCGAGCUGGAGAAGGCCUCAGCUGAGCACAAGCACCAGCUGGCUGAGCAGAAGCGGGACAUCCAGCUGCUGAAGGCAUACAUGCGGGCCAUCCGCAGUGUCAACCCCAACCUGCAGAACCUGGAGGAGACCAUCGAGUACAAUGAGAUCCUGGAGUGGGUGAACUCGCUACAGCCAGCCCGGGUGACACGGUGGGGUGGUAUGAUUUCCACGCCGGACGCAGUGCUGCAGGCCGUCAUCAAGCGGUCACUGGUGGAGAGCGGCUGCCCAGCCUCCAUCGUCAACGAGCUGAUCGAGAAUGCCCAUGAGCGCAACUGGCCGCAGGGCCUGGCCACACUGGAGACGCGGCAGAUGAACCGGCGCUACUACGAAAACUAUGUGGCCAAACGCAUCCCUGGCAAGCAGGCCGUGGUGGUGAUGGCCUGUGAGAACCAGCACAUGGGCGAGGACAUGGUGCUUGAGCCCGGCUUGGUCAUGAUCUUUGCCCACGGCGUCGAGGAGAUCUAGGCCCUCGGCCCCCUCAAACCCUAAUCAGGGCAUUAACCCCCCCCACCGCCCUGCCAGCCUCGCUUCACCUUUGGAUGCUCCCGGACAGGUCCCAGCCGGGCUGGGCGGCUGCAGCGCAGGGCCCUGCCGGCUCGGGGGCAACUCUGGCUCCUGGAGGUUUCUUUGCUCCUCUUGAACAGCACAAGCCCCUCCACGGUGCCACAGACUCGCACAGGACAUGGCCCCUGGGCUGCCCGGCACCCCCUUCCUCACUGCCUUUGGACCUGUUUUGUCCCCUUGCUGGCUUCUCCCGCCCAGAGGGGUGGAAAGGUAGCAGUCGCAGGUGAACCCCAGGGCUUGGGGCACCUCGAUGCAUCCCUCUGAUAGCCAGGACUUGCCUGGGGACCCAGACAGUGGAGACUGCUGCUCCACACAGCCCUGGCUUCCAGGGCCCAGUUGCACAGGGAUGGAGGGUGCUGACAAACCCGCCCUAGACUGGCAGGGGCUUAAGCCAGAGGCAAUUUGAAUCUGAGCCCUGGAAGAAUUUGACUUUUCCUCUGGGGCCAUGGGUUGUAGGCAGGGGGGAGCCAGGAGCUGCCCUCUCUGGCCCCUUCCCGGCCCCUGGAGGGAGAGGCUGGGUGCUUGCCCCUGCCAUGGGGCAGCAUUGUGCACCCAUGCCACCCCUGGGGCUGUUCUUCCAGCCCCUUGUGAUUGUGGUUCGAUGAUGAUGAUUAAUUUUUUUUGUACGUUUC